AUGGCUCCCGAGUCUUCGAUGCAGGUAACUGCUUAUCUAUCAAGAAAUCUGGGAAUCUUCGUAGGAGAGGACCGCACUAUCACGUAUUUGCGGUUUCUGAGUGGACGUGCUGCCACGCACUCCUUCUCACACACUCUCCCUAGUCGCUCCGGCAACCACUCCGCAACGCAAUCGACGUUCGCCUCCCCCUGUACAAAAUCCGGCAUCGACUCGGGCUUCGUCCCCAUCCCCGCCAACAGCACCCUCUUUGGCCAAUGGACUUUCACUGUCGACAAUUCCUCUACGCCGCUGUGGUUUUUCUGCGCACAGGCGGGUCAUUGUGAGAAGGGCAUGGUCUUUGCGGUUAAUCCCACCCAGGACAAGAGUUUUCAGGCAUUUUUGGCUAAUGCGCAGGGAAACGAGACGGGUGCUUCCAGUGCGGGUGGUUCUUCCACGAUCGGUGCGAGCGCGUCUGGGGUGGUUUCGACUACUGCGGGGGCCGCGGCUUCUGCUUCAAGUAGUACCAACGGUGCUGCUGCCUCUAGCACCGCCAAUGCUAAUACCACCAGCAACGGCGCCGUUCCCAGUCUGCGCAUACAUCGUGUCGUACUCACAAUAGUGGCUCUGGCUUUUGGCACCCUUCUUUAG